AAUUGUCAGUGUCACUUUUUGUAUCGUUUUCUCUCUCCCUUUACGUUUGCUUUGCCACGAAAUAUGGUUUUGCUAGACAGUUCCAAUUUUAUACUGCGGCUUGAGAAGAUAGCCAAUGCUGCAAAAAAGGACUCUUCGUUCACAAUAACAUUCAAACGCUAUGAUGGACAUGAUAAACCCGUGCCGAGAGCUGGACGACCGCCUUUGCCUAAGCCAGAUACUUAUAUGUGCCUAAUUCGUGCCCAGUCCAAGUCUCAAAAGAUUUCUACAGUAGUGCGUGAGGAGGAUGUUCCUACCAUGAUGUCUAUGUACUCGCAGUUCAUGAAAAGCAAAAUGGAUGGCCUGAAGCGUGUGAAGAAAGUCAAGAGCAAGGCCAAGGCUGCAAAGGGUUAAAUGUGUUUUAGGGGUUUUAGUUAAAGAUUUUUUUUAUUAAACGGAGCUUUUCUAAACUAAA